GAAUAGAACAGUUGCCUAGUGUUUCUCUCUCUCUUGCGUUUUCACACUCUUGUCGCUUCGCACAUGGCGAAAUAGAGCAUAUACGCCCAUGUCGUCGUCUUCUUCGUGAUCAUCUCAACAAAACCCUUUUCCCCUCCCCCAACCCUCUUCCCCUUCCCGUUUUGCUCGGUAUCAAGAAUCUCUUUUCUCGGUCCAAAGAUGGAGCUCAAACCCGGCAUGUCCGCUCUCGUCACCGGUGGCGCGUCCGGGAUCGGUAGAGCACUUAGCUUGGCUCUCGCGCGCAAAGGUCUAUUCGUGACAAUUGUUGACUACUCUGAAGAGAAUGGAAAGGAAGUUGCUUGCUUGGUUGAGAAGGAGAACAUGAAUUUCCAUGCAAAUCUUAACUUCCCGUCAGCUUUAUUUGUUAAGUGUGAUGUCACUAAUUCAGGUGAUAUCGCUGCCGCUUUUGAGAAGCAUAUGGAGACUUAUGGUGGACUAGAUAUCUGCAUUAAUAGUGCUGGAAUUGGUAAUACAACACUGUUUUAUGAAGACAGAUCCGAUGGGACUGCCACGUGGAGACACACAGUGAAUGUAAACCUAGUUGCAGUUAUUGAUUGCACUCGGAUUGCGAUUCAAAUAAUGCGAUCUAAAAAGAAGGCUGGUGUCAUAGUAAAUCUUGGCUCUGCCUCGGGUCUUUAUCCCAUGUAUAAUGACCCCAUCUACUCUGGUACAAAAGGUGGUGUGGUUUUAUUCACCAGAUCUCUUGCACCAUUGAAACGUGUGGGAAUUCGUGUUAAUGUGCUUUGCCCCGAGUUUGUUCAAACUGAAUUGGCAUCAAAAAUAAAUCCCAAAUUAAUUGAUGCAAUUGGUGGAUUUCUGUCCAUGGAGGACGUUGUCCAAGGUGCAUUUGAGCUUAUAAAGGAUGAAAGCAAGGCUGGUGCUUGUCUAUGGAUAACUAGACGUAGAGGGAUGGAGUACUGGCCUACUCCAAUGGAAGAAAGAAAGUACUUGAUAGAUCCAUUCAAGUCACAAAGAAAAUUCACACACUCUAAUUUUUCAAAUAUCAAGAUACCUCAUUCUUUUGAAAAAAUAGUUGUUCACACUCUCACACAUGAUUUCCGAAGUGCCACAAGAGUUGUUCGUACACAGUUGAGAUUACCCAUUGAACCACAGCAUGCCCUUGUUAAAAUUAUAUAUGCUGGUGUAAAUGCCAGUGAUGUAAACUUUAGCUCUGGACGUUACUUCAGUGGCAAUGCAAAGGAAGUUGCUUCACGCCUUCCUUUUGAUGCUGGUUUUGAGGCUGUGGGCAUAGUUGCUGCUGUAGGUGACUCAGUCACUCAUGUGAAAGUUGGCACACCUGUCGCUCUUAUGACUUUUGGCAACUAUGCUGAAUUCACACUGGCUCCAGCAAAACAUCUUCUUCCUGUGCCAAGGCCAGCUCCUGAGGUCGUAGCAAUGCUAACAUCCGGCUUGACUGCUUCCAUUGCUUUAGAAAGGGCAGGACAGAUGGCAUCUGGCCAAGUAGCUUUAGUGACAGCAGCAGCUGGUGGUACUGGUCAAUUUGCAGUUCAGUUAGCAAAAUUGGCUGGAAACAAGGUGGUUGCAACAUGUGGAGGUGAAAGAAAAGCUGCAUUGUUGAAGUCCUUUGGAGUGGAUCGUGUGAUAGACUAUAGAAAGGAAAAGAUAAAAGAUGUUUUGAAGAAAGAAUAUCCAAAAGGUGUUGAUAUCAUCUAUGAAUCUGUAGGUGGAGAAAUGUUUGAUAUCUGCUUAAACGCUCUUGCGGUUCACGGACGGCUCAUUGUGAUAGGCAUGAUCUCUCAGUAUCAAGGAGAGCAUGGGUGGAAGCCUUUGAACUACACGGGGCUGUGUGAAAAGAUCCUCGCAAAAAGCCAAACUGUGGCUGGGUUUUUCCUUGUACAAUAUGCCCACUUGUGGCAAGAGCAUCUGGAUAGACUUUUUGAUCUUUUCAACUCUGGAAAGCUUAAGGUUGCUGUUGAUCCCAAGAAAUUCCUGGGCGUUGCUUCUGUUGCUGAUGCGGUUGAAUAUCUUCAUUCUGGCAAAAGCCUUGGCAAGGUCGUCGUGUGCAUCGAUCCUACAUUUAGUCAGAAACCAUCUAAACUAUAAUUUCGUGAUUUCCAUCUGGAUGGUGGAGGAAAUUAUACUGGGACGAGUCGGCAUACUUGCAUUUGGGACCAGGAAAUAGUUCGGAAGUGGUUUUGUUGUCCAUCUUCGUCUACCAGGUGGGCUUUAGUAUAUUUUAUUCGAAUGACUUUGGGAGUUCGUCGUGCAAGCAGCUCAAUAAUGUAACUAGUUCACAAAAAAAGAUGGUGCACGAACAAUAAAGUGAUGUUAUGUCUUUUCAUGUAGCAAUAAAUGUUGUAAAUCAGAGGUAAAAUUAUAAUGAAGCCAAGGGGAAGUUGACUAUUUGUGUUAUAAUCAAAA